AUGAAAUCUCCUACUUAUAUAUUAAAGAAUGCUUAUUAAGAACAUUUAGUUGAAUAAUAAUAUAUCAAACAUGUUUCAAAGAUAUAAAAUAUUACAGCUAAAAAUGUCUAAGUUAAUUAGAGUGAGUAAGAGUAAAUGAACAAAGUAUGAGUAUUUUAUUAAAAUAUAACUUUUUAGAUAAAAUAUUAUAGAUAAUAGAAGGAGAGGACUCGUAAAUUUAUGGAACAACAAACAAAAAUAUUUAGAUAGUAAUCAGACAAUGUAUUAGCGAAAAAAAUAAUAUCAGAAGAUUCUAAGACUAGAAAAGUCCAUGAAGCAAAAAGUGUAAAAUCAUUAAUUGCAACAGCUUAAAAAUAAUAAUCAUAUGAAAUAGGUUUAGAAAAUAUAAGAUUGGGUAAAAGAAUAUUACAUUUACCAUCUGUAAUAAAGAAAAAGGAAUUUGAUAAAUCUUAUGCAAAACAUGAAUAAAAUAUGAUGUAUGCUAGUAGAAUGAGAAAUUAAAAUAAAUCAAAGACUCCAUCUAAUAAAUUAAUAAAAGAUUGUGGUCCAAUAUUUACAGAGAUACCAAUAACAUUCAAAUUAGUAGUAUUUAAUAAAGAAGUAAUAAAUAAUAAAGAUUAAUGUAUAGUUACAAAAUAAGGAUUAAAAAACAGAAUGUUUGUAUUGUGUUGAGGUUUAUUUAAAAGAAUAAUUAUUGCAAAGAACAGGUAAUAAGAAAUGAUUAUAAUAAAUUUAGAUUCUGUGGCAUUUGAAUAAUUUUAAUAAUUAAGUUUUAAAGUACCAAUGAAUGAAUAAUAAUAUGAAGGAUAUUAGAAUGAUCCUUUAAUUUUAAAGAUUUGGAAGAUAAAGAAUAAUAGUGAAUUAUAUAUGGGAUAAAUAUUUGUAGGAUUUAAUGAUUAAUUGAGUGAGAAAGAUUUAAUGAAGAGAGUAAAUGAUAGAGAAAUUUGGAAUGGUUUUAUUUAAUUAUGA